AGAGAGAAAUAGUUAAUGAUUUUCAAGUACAUUGUAACUUCUUUGGAAUUGUGACAUUACCCUGACAGUCAAUUAGUUCUGCAUCAAAGGCAACCUGUUGUAUGCAGAAAACAGAUAUUUUUCAAGUAAUAUUUGCUAAAGUAUUGUCCUGCUGUUUGCUUGGAUUUAUUUCUUGCUAAAUUUCGAGCUCUAACUGCUACGUUGGUUCUGCACAUUAAUUUGACCUUGGAACAUUUUGCAUUGUAAUAGCAGCAAGGUCAUAAUUUUAUCAGUAAUUAUUUUAAAACAAAGUACCAGUAGUCACUAUUGUAAAAUAUUGUACCAUGUUGGUAUUUUGGAAUUGUAACCGUAAUCGUCCUAACUUUGGAUUAAGGAUGAACUGAACAUUUUUGUUGAUGUCAGUAAAGAAACCCAAAAGAUUAUGAUGGGUUGAACAUGUUGUGAAAUGUCCAAUUUCAUGAAACUGAUGUCCUUGUCUAUGACGCAAAGCACAAAUGUUAUAGAAACGAAUUCAAGCAAGGACUCAAGUAUCGUGGAGCUCCUUUAGCAGGUCAAUCAUACUGCUGGACAGAAUACAGAAAGAAGCUUGGCUCCCGUUCCGAUCGUGAACAUUUCUAACAUUAUUAUGAAUUUGGGCUAACACUUGAUUUUCUAACACGUGCAUGAGAGAUGGGGAACAUUGAGAUUUGUUGUGUCCUUGUCUUGAUAUUUAACUUACAACUGGUGAUGGGCUGUGGUUCAGAUGAGUAUCGUUUUCAGGAUCUUUGCUGUCCCAUGUGUCAUGCAGGUUCUCGUGUUUCUAAACACUGUACAUCAAUAUCACAAACCACAUGUGUUCCCUGUGCUCGUGGAGCUUUCACAGAUCGUCCAAAUAGUUUAGAAAAGUGUAUGAAGUGUAAAUAUUGCGACCCAGAGCUAGGACUCUAUGCACGGCAAGAAUGCACUGAAACCCAGGAUGCAGUGUGUGACUGCAAAGAGGGCUACAUUUGCUUAGCAAAAACAAAAGAUGGAUGUCAUAUGUGUGCAAAAUCUAUGCCACAUAUUUUCAACAAAAGUAGAAAUGUCAAAGGUGAUCCGAGACAUCAUGAAGCAAGACCAACAACAGAAUCUGAAAUUAUCCACAGUGAUGCCAUCAUUAAGUUUUUAAGUCAGGAUGACACAAAGAAUCCAAUGCUACUUGGAAACAAAACUGCAAAGAAGAAAUCUGUUCCUAAAUCAGAAAUAGCAGCUACAUACCGGAAAGAAGAACCAGCUCCAGAAACAACCACAGGGAAACCAAAACUGGGGUUUGGGCAGGAUCCAUUACCAAUGACAAAAGUAUUGAUGACAUUGAUGCAAACAAUUGAUCCAGCAUUUCCAAAAGAAUCCUUAAAGCUGCAGGAGGCAGGGAACACAGCCAUUGUAGAAUUACAAAACACUACAAAGACAGGCUUAACGGGCUUGCAGACUGUUAUGCAAACUGGGCUAGCGAGUAUUCGGACUACUAUUCAGUCUGGAAUGGUAGGCCUACAAGGUGCAGUGAAAACUGGCAUGGUAGAUAUUCAGAAUGUAUUGCAGACUGGAAUGACUGGUAUUCAAGAAACCUUAAGGUCUGGGAUGGCUGAUAUCAAAGGUAUCAAGAAUGGUCUCAGUCAAGUUGAGAACACUCUGAAGCAACUACAAACAAAUUCACAAUCUAACUUAGUUCAAAUGACCAAGCAGGUUGGUGCACUGGUCAAUUUUCUGACAAAGCUUGCCUCGAACCAGUCAGUGUCCUUCAUCCACCUGAGGGAUAUCACUUGUAAGCUUUUCAAUAAAACAGAGGCAAAAUCAGAGAUAAAUCAAUUCCCGAUAACACCAAAUUAA